AUGGCGUCGGAGAACGAGAAGCCGGUGAAGAUGGAGGAAGGCUCUGAGGGCAACGGCGGCAACGACGGCGAGGGCGGGAGCGACUCGCGCGGCGGCGGCAAGUCGCUCAACGUGGAGGAUGUGUUCAAGGUGCGUGUGACGACUGUGGACGGCAACAAGGAGGUCAUUUCGUACCAGCUCAAGCGGAUCAUCGGCAACGGGUCGUUUGGCGUUGUCUUCCUUGCACAGAACCUGCAGAAUCAGGAGAUGAUGGCGAUUAAGAAAGUGCUGCAGGACCGGCGGUUCAAGAACCGCGAGCUUGCGGUGAUGAAGGUCGUCUCGCACCCGAACGUGGUUGCGUUGCGGUACUUUUUCUACUCGAAGGAGAGCGAGACGGACGAGGAGGUGUACCUCAACCUGAUGCUCGAGUAUGUGCCGGAGACGGUGUACCGCGUGGCGCGGCACUACGUCAAGCGGUCUGAGACGAUGCCGAUGCUCUUUGUCAAGCUGUACGCGUACCAGAUGUGCCGUGCACUGGCGUACGUGCACUCGCUCGGCAUCUGCCACCGCGACAUCAAGCCGCAGAAUCUGCUGUGCAACGCCGAGACCGGGGUGCUCAAGCUCUGCGACUUUGGAUCUGCCAAGUACCUUGUGCCCGGAGAGGCGAACGUGUCAUACAUUUGCUCGCGCUACUACCGUGCGCCGGAGCUGAUCUUUGGAUCGACGACGUACACCACGGACAUCGACGUCUGGUCGUUGGGCUGUGUCAUCGCGGAGCUGCUCCUCGGGCACCCCCUGUUCCCGGGCGAGUCGGGCGUGGAUCAGCUCGUGGAGAUCAUCAAGGUCCUCGGCACGCCGCAGCGCAAGGACAUCACGUCGAUGAACAAGACGUACGUCGCCUUUGCCUUUCCGCGCAUCAAGCCGUAUCCGUGGUCCAAGGUUUUCCGCCGCGACGUCCCGCCCGAGGUCAUCGACCUCAUCUCGCACAUGCUCAUCUAUGCGCCCGAGAAGCGCAUCACGCCGUUUGAGGCGCUUGCACACAACGCCUUUGACGAGCUCCGCGACCCGACGACGACGCUGCCCGACGGCUCGCCGCUCCCUGAGCUCUUUAACUUUUCGGAGCGCGAGAUGGCCAUUGCGCCGUCGCUUCUCUCGUCCAUUCUCCCUCAGCAGUAG